AUAUCAUCAAAAAGUGGUCGUGUUUACUCGCGGCCGGUCGCACGGACAUACGCAGCCUGAAGAGCUCCAUCGCAGCAUCAUCAUCAUCCUGCGGUCAUCCCGACGAUCGCACGAUACCUAUCUAACAGCAAAAAAAAAACACUAUACGAUCUGAAUCUCAUCCCUCUUUAUUCGCAUUUCGACGAGAGCAGCUAGAUUCUCUUGCAGACAAAAACCAGUGAAUUCGCAACGACUACUACAACAACAACAACCUUUUUGUUAGUGACCAGAGACAGAGGAGGAAGAACGAUGAAACUGUUCGUGCUGCUUGUUGUGAUCAGCGUGAUCGCGUACUCAUGCGACGCGAAGCGUAAGAGGAAGUUCGACGGUGACUUCGAGUUCGCCGAAGAGGAUGACAACAAACCCACCAAGACUGGGGAGAAGAAACGCUGGAUUCACGACCCUUCAAGCGACCUCUGCAGACCCUUGAACUGUAAGAAGAAGGAGAUGUGCCUGCUGGAAGACGCCUUUACGGCCGUCUGCGUGUCCAAGAAAGAACUCCAAAAGAAUGGGGACGUCGUCAUACCUAAAUCAAUGUCAACUACAGCAGAAGCCAGCAGGAAACAGCGGCAGGAUUCAAUCGACGAGUCCGAUGACGAUGUGUUUUACGACACCGAGGAUGAUCCUGACGACGACACCGACGAAGACAUGAGCGAUGCCGCCACAUGCAAAACGUGUCCGGUUGUAAAACCCACGUUCCUCUGCGGUAGCGACAACAGGACCUACAGCUCUUUGUGUCGCCUGGACUAUCACAACUGCAUUCAUCACACCACAAUUCAGGUCGAAUGCAAGGGAUUCUGCCCGUGCAAAGGUAAUGAAGCGACUCAAUAUUUCUAUCCGUUUCUUUACGACAAUCCAGCCCUUGACAAAGAAAUUCAUUUGAGGAAGAAGCAAAGGCAACAGGAACGUUUGAACUCGUUCUUGAACAAAUACAAAGCAACCCUCGAUAAGGCUGGAACUGUGACGGGUCCGAUAAAUGGAGAGAAGCCCGCACAGCCUCCGUCCAAGGCUGACGUCUACACGUUCACCCCGCAGGACUUCAAAUACGAGAACAAACACUACAAGUACAUCAAGUACACUAAAUACAACAAGGAUAACAACGGUUUGUACGCCGAGGACAAGGAUAGGAUGAGGGGAUACAACGAGGUGACGGACAACAAGUACUUUGGGAAUUCCAUCGGUCUGAUUCCUGCCACUCCGCCAGCGAAGCAAUGCUCUCCGGUCGCCCUGCAAGCAAUGGGAAAUCGUCUUCUGGAUUGGUUCUCAGUUGUUAUGGCCGACUCUUCCAAGAGGAGGCGCCCCAAGCCCAAAUCCAAACCUCGUUUCCCACCACUCUGCAAGGGUGAGGUGCGAUGGAUGUUCCAGCAUUUGGAUUUGAACGCCGAUUCACGAUUGUCCUUGCAAGAGCUGUACGACCUGGAGCACGAUCAGAGCGAGGUCUGCUUGAAGCCCUUCUUGCAGCAGUGCGAUGUCGACAACGAUGUGACCGUGACCCCGGCCGAAUGGUGCAAAUGCUUCCAGAGAACGGAAAGACCUUGCGCCGCCGUCAAGCGCAAAAUCACACCUGAAUUGUUUGGAGUCUAUGUACCUGAUUGCGAUAGCCAAGGCUAUUAUAGACCGACCCAAUGCCACAACGCAAUUGGAAUGUGCUGGUGCGUCGAUAAGCACGGUGUCGAGUUCGCCAAUACCCGCACUCACGCUAAGCCUCUUUGUGAAAAACUCAUCAACAAGUCGGACGAUUUGGUGAGCAAUUCCAGCGACGAUGAAGACGGCGACGACGUCGAUCAGGAUAUUGAGGGCAGCGCCGAUCGUCCCGAGGAUUAUUGAGCGGAUUUCAAGAAGCACAGAGUCUCUAAACAACCAUCUCCCCCCUAAACCCAACCCCCAAAACUAAUAAUAAUAAUAAAAAAAAGCAAACAAUAACCCGAUUGAUUUACAACCCAUAUGUAACACAAACCCCUCAGCAAACUAACAUAUAAAAAAGGAAAUAUUUGUACGGAAUUUUCAGAUAAAAGAAGCGCUCUCCGUUACGUAACAGAUCAUAAUAUACUGUCAUUGUAAACGCAAUUUGUAUGAUAAUUAAGUAAAUAUUAUAUUAUAUAUAUAUUUAUCCACUAUACCUCUGCGUAGGUAUAAAAAAAGUGUAGUAGGCAAUAUCAUUGUGUUAUUUUAUACGAGAGAAGUAAUUAAACUUAAAGAAUGGAAGCUUCACAUGUAAGAGAGUGUAAAACGAAACUAACAAAAAAAAAUAUAAUAAUAUAUACUUACUAAUAAUACUUAAUACUAAACUUUAACAAAAAAAAAUGUACUGAUUACAUUCCAUAUUUGUACGCCUUCGCUUCUUUUUCAUAGUUUAGUUCUAAUUGUGUAUAUAAAGAUAUUGAAGAUAAUGAAAUGGAAGGAAGGGAAAAUGAAACGAUGAUAAAUAUUAAUAAAUACUACUAAUAAUUAAUUAAUCA